AUGACAAAGCAGUUGACUCAGUGCAAAUGGAUUGCGAAAGAAGAUAGGAACAGGACGCCAAAACCUCAAAUUGAUUCUUCGCGCGUGCAAAUACCCAUUGCACAUAUAAGCGAGCAAGAGGAGUCGUCACCUGACUCAUCAGAGUUGAGAUGCAGAAAAAUCGCUUUCAACUUCGUGCGCCAUAGCUAUGGACUUAUGAGGAUGGAUCUCACACCUAACCUACUACAGCAGGCGCAGUUUGGAAUGGGUCGGCUAGAACGUGCAAAAGACGAGCAGGAGGCUCACCAGAUAUCUCAGUACAUCACCGAGCAGUUGAGAAAUGUUGACAAAAAUUGUGAACAGCUGAUCAUAUUGGUCAAUAAAGAACCUCCUGCUCGACGGCACCUUGUUCGGAUAAAAGUCGACCAGCUGCAGAGUGACAGUCAAAGUACGCACUAUGCAAUAUCGGCAAUGUAUUCUAGACUUACAGCAAAGUGGCGGGCAGCAAGUGAAAGAGAAGAAUUACUUCAUCAGAGAUUCCGUCCCAAUCAGUCUACAACACUGUCAUUGGAAGACCAUGAGUUGCAAAUGAAUGAUCGGCUCAAUUCCUCGAAUCGUCAAGUUGACGAUCUGAUUAGCCAAGGCGUAGCUGUCCUCGACAGUCUUCGUUCUCAGCAUAUGAAUUUACGCGGUGUGAGGCGAAAAAUUAUGGACAUAGGCUCAGCCUUAGGAUUAUCGAAUACUACAUUACAAAUGAUCGAUCGACGUGUGCGAGAAGACUGGCUGAUUUUCGUUGUCGGUUGCAUCGUUACACUCAUAUUCAUGUACGUUUUCUAUCGGUUUUGGAAAGGGUAGUUUUCCAUUGUAUGUUCUACAUCUUUCUGUGAUACGACACUGUUGUAUAUCAAUACUUUUCUACUCCCUGUUCUUCGGGCCCUCGCAGCAAUGGUGCAAAUAUGUGAUUCUUUCCUAGCAGUUUGGUGGCUAGAUGUACCAAUUAGAGUAUUGAAUGUUUUGGUGGUGCAUGUUAUCAUGAUUGAAGCAGUAACCUAUCUUAUUUUCGAUGGCUAUCUUGAACAUCUUUUUGUAACUGCAUGUGUAAUAGAAUUAAUGAACUCAUGUCAUACGACGGCGUAGGAUAAAAGCUGUCUUGAAAUUGCUCGUUCAAUCUUCAAGUUGAGACCGAUAUGCAAGUCUGAAUUUUUCUUGUUUGUUUGUUGCAUACUAAGAAGAUGCUAAGAAGAG